CACAUAUGCAUAAAAGAAUUAAGAUAAAAUUAUCAAGAAAUCAAUAGUAUACAAGAUAUUUCAUAUGCCGAAAAGUGUUAUGUCGGCAUGAUUAGGUAUAAAAUAUCUCGUAAAGUAUUAAUUUUUAAAUAACUUUAUCUUAAUACUUUCAUAUGCAGAUAAUUAGAGGAAUCAUAUUAUGUAAAAGAAAGCAUAUAUAUUAUUCCAUUUUUAAAAGUGGAAGUGACCUCUAUAUGGUAAAAAAAUUGAUUUUUAAAAGAUUGAUUUUAUUUCAUUAUUUGCUCCCUUCAAAUCAUACAACUUUUGUCCGAAACAUUUUGGCCUACCAAACUUUGUUUUUGUUUUUGUUUUAGAUGCCCUACUUUUUAUAUAAUUAUACAUAAUAUGUAUGUGUGUAUAAUGACACAAAAUAUCAGCACAAUCUUUGGACCAGAACAAGAAACGUUGUUUCGAAAACGGGAAGAGGAAGGAAAAAAAUGUCAUAUGUUCAGAAUAUAGUAUAGACAUUCGCCCAUGUAUCUUCGGAAAGUGGCAUUGAUGUGUAGUUUCGGUAAUAUCGAUAGACUGACAAAAUAUGAGAAAAGCAGAAUCCGAUGUGUAUGAUGAAAGGGGCUUAUUAGUAUGCUGGAUAAGCGGCGGCUACAUGCCUCCGGUACUUCGCCAUGCACCCUCAUCUUUGUGGUCGUUUUGGCACUAACUGGAUGCUUCUCGUUUUGGAUUCACAUCGAUGGUUCAGGAUCGCCGAUCCCCUACUCCAGCGGCGGUGUGGCCGCGCCAGGAUAUGUCCUUAUAUUUCCCGGAAACGUCACGCCCUCCACGCAGCCCUACUCGAUAAACGAUCUUCCGUCCGAUGAUAAAUCCACGCUGAUCAACAUCAGGGACUUCAGGUUCACUAUGAACCACAACCCCUGUAACCGUACGCAGCCGUUGCUGCUAAUGUUGGUUCACUCGGCGCCAGGGAAUUUCCUGAAAAGGCAUGUCGUGCGGGAGACCUGGGGUCAACAAGCGCCGGACGUGACUUUAUUGUUUCUCGUGGGACACUCGGAGAAGUAUCAAUCCAGGCUCGAGGAGGAGAACAAGAAAUACCAAGACUUAAUACAGGGAAACUUUCUUGAUGCCUACAAAAACAUGACCUACAAACACGUUAUGGGAUUAAAGUGGGCUACUUAUUAUUGUCCAAGUGCUAAAUAUAUUCUUAAAUUAGACGACGACGUUUUUGUUCAUUUACCGGCCAUGCUGGAUUUUCUAACGCAUGGCCUCUCGCCGUGGGGUGCAAGACGUCUGAUUCUCUGUGAUCUUCUGUCGGCUUCCGCAGUGAAGAGAUCCUGGCGCUCGAAGUGGCGCGUCUCUCCUCUGGAGUAUCCCGGUAGACAUUAUCCCGCGUAUUGUGCCGGAUGGGCGAUCCUAUACUCUCCCGAUAGUGUAUUUAUACUGUACCGCGAGGCCCAGAAGGAGCCGUACUUCUGGAUCGACGACGUGCACAUUACCGGGACACUGGCUAGGAAAGUAAAUUUAACACAAACCUCAUUACGCUCUUGGGUACUUUCGACCGAGAGCAUGCGGGACCUGCUGUCGAACCCGAGCGCCCGACGGGAUUUUCUGUUCGGGCCUCCGGAUCUAACGGAGAGCGGGAUACGAGCCUUACAUAGUCUGGUUACUAAAUCACGGCCUAGCAGUGAAAGCCUAUUGAAUUAAACGUCUAAAUAGAACAAUUUCGUUAUACUCGGUUGCCGUAACGCGUGGAACGGGAUGAAGGGAAGAGAGAUACGAGUAGCGAGUGUUCUCAUUAUACUUUCUGCGUAUCUUAAUUCUACGUGCAUCGCGAUAUCGCCCUGAACAACGGUUUAACUGUAAGUGUUCGAUUAUUUGCACAAUGUACAAACGCCAUGUUAUGUAUGAUACGUACGUAAGAGUGCGUUACAUAUAUGUGCAUAUGUGUGUGUAUAUAUAUGUAUAUAUAUAUACAUACACAGACACAAGAAAACACAUAUGCAUUUGUAACAAAAUACGAAAUUUACGAUUGUAUUCUCAAGUAAGGAAUGAAACGGGUAUAAUUUCGAUAAAUUUAAUUUCCCCGUACUGUAGAUACCAAGAGGCACACAAUCGUGUCUCGCGCCAAAUCACAGCCAGCAAAUAGCGAAGCGGAAAGUCGUGUACUUAUAUGCGAUCCGUCUAGUUUAGAGUAUAUUAAAUUAUCGUAUCACAGAGUAAUGCCUGGACCGAUCAAGUUCCUAAUAUUUGGAAAAGGCCCUCAUAUUGAAUGUUACAUUUACAUUGUCGCAAAUAACACAUAGGGAUUAAUCUCACGCAUCCGAACUCGACGGAAUAAUACCGGUUUCAAUUCCUGUAUUCAAUUAUUAUUUAUUUUCAAGAAAUACUCAGAUAUGUUAUGUAGGUUUUCCGAAUUAUAUUUACUUACUAAAUUGAAAGGGCUUAUUUCUCCAUUCGAGAUUGUCAAUCUGUAAUCAGGGCUUGUAAUCAAACAUUGUUUUAGGUGAAACUAAUUUUGAGGGAUUUCGAGAUCGUGCACAAUUUUACACUUUAGACUCUUGAAAAUUAUUUGAAUGAAAUUACAAUUGUAUGUAAUUAUAACAGAGUAAACAGAUGUUUAUAGCACAAUAGCCAUACCUGAUUUUUUAAUGUAUUUUAUUUAUUAAUUGUUUGUUGUAUAGUACGCACGCACGCACACAUACACGCACAUGUAUUUUUAAAUUUCCGCGUUUAAACGCGGAAAUCGAGAAAAGAACAUUUUAUCAUUGCGAAGCAAUUUAAAGAUAUUUAUAAAAUUAUUUAUGACCUGAACUGCGUUAACUGUACGUACACAAAUAUAAUUAUUCAACUUACAAAGUAAAUUGCUUAUGAGCCCUGAUUAUUAAAUGAAUUGAAUCUAUUAUUUUGCGCAAUCUCUAAAAUAUUAAUUUGUUACUCUAAGAGGACAAAACAUCAGCUAUUUUUUUAUUUACACUUAUAAAAAUGCCAAUAUUAUAUAUGUAUAUACAUAUAAGUAUGGGAGGGAUAGUAUUAGUAUUGAAGAGCAGCGAAAGUUCUACGCGAAACUUAACGUGUCUCGCAGAUCGGAAACAUGCUCCUCUCGCAGUGAUAGAAAUUUGCGAGUGACUGUUAGGGCAUGUUACUUUUAUUGUAAAUUUAUCAAUCGGCAGCGACAAGUUCAUUGUGAAGCCACACUUGUGUGAAUGUACUUAAAUACAUAAUAACGAGCAAAUUUUAUGACAUAUUACAUUGUUACGCAAGAAACGAGUCGGAUUAAUAUUGUUACGUAGCAACAAGUACAACCCCAAAACAAGGGUCCACUCGCAAUUAGAUACAGAGAUCGCAGAUAUUUGUCCGUUUUUGAACGUGUCUAUAUAAAUUUUUUAUGUGAAAAAUCCGUUGGUCACACCACGAUUUGUACCCGGUACCAUAUAAAAAGUACGUGCCUGCAAACUUGUAACGUGUCAAGCGUGAAAAUCGUGCGCUAAUCUUUAGUUACCGUGAUUUUUGUAAGAUCGACAGAUCGAUGCGAUAACAUACAUCACUUUGCAUUCUACUUGUCCUCGUUUUUUUUUCUCAUCUAAAAUACAACGAACGUGUAUACGGAAUAAAAAAAACCCGUAGAAUUCUACUCGUCAGCACCGUACUCGAAAUUUCCCGUUGUGAUACAAUUAGAACAAAAAUUUUGGACUCUAUUGUCACUACAGGUAUUUAAUACGUAAACUCCGGAACUGGGCAGUAUAUUCACAUUGUAUUUAUAGCAUGAAGAAAUUGGCGAUUAUUAGUUACUAAAGGAUCUCACGCAUUAUUCCUUUAUGUAAUACUCUCGGAACGUUUUCUACUCGUGAGUUUUUCUUCAUACAUACCAUGUUAUCAUGUAUCAUUUUCGGAAGGAGGGAAAGUAUCCCUAUUGCGAUAACGCGAGGUAUCGCAUAGUAUAACAUAAUUCUUGUGAUGGAGUAAAUAUACUUAUAAUUUAAAUAAACAAUGAAAUUAUUUAAAUUA